UCUCUCUCUCUCUCUCUAUCUCUCUCUAUCUCUCUAUCCUCAUUUCCACGUACUUUCUUCGCUGCCUUUUUUCUUCUCCUUCUCCUCCUCGCUAGGGCAAAAAUUCUCCAAAUCUGUGUGCACAUCUGAUAAACUCUGUUUAUAAUUACGUAGAAGACUCGGCUGUUGACGAAUCUCACCGUACGAAAUUCUCGAAAUUUCUAAGGACCUGUUUUUUUUUUGAGAUAAAAGAAAUAUGGAUUCUGAUUCAUGGAUUCGUUUCUCGAAUUCUUCUCGGCGUCACCAAUCUCGAUCAGAUAUAUAUAACAUAGGAGAUGAGUAUGAAGGCGAUGAGGAGACUAGGCCAGAGUUCAUGUGCCCGUUCUGUGCUGAGGAUUAUGAUGUUGUUGGCCUCUGCUGUCACAUAGAUGAAGAGCACACUAUUGAAGCAAAGAAUGGGGUGUGCCCGGUUUGUGGAACAAGGGUGGGGAUGGAUUUGGUUGGCCAUAUUACUAUGCAACAUGGAAGUCUUUUAAAAGUGCAGCGGAAAAGGAGAUAUCGGAGGGGUUCUAAUUCAACACUUGCUCUUUUAAGGAGGGAGCUACGGGAAGGAAACCUGCAAUCUUUCAUCGGGGGAUCCUCAUACUUGGGUUCUUUGACUACAGAAGCUGAUCCUUUGUUAUCAUCUUUUAUGUACCAUCCGCCCCUAGUUGAUGAACCUCCUGCAGCUCUUCAAUCUCCUGCUGAAGACUGCUCAAUGAAGGAAAGCUCUGUUGAUGACUUUCCCGAAAGAAAUACCCGUCCAUCUCCAAUAUCUGAGAAGGACCAAGAAGAGAAGGCGAGGAAAUGUGACUUCGUUCAAUCGCUUGUGCUUUCUACUUUUCUCCAUGACAACUUCUAAGCAAAAGCAAAAUUUGCUUCUGUUUUUUACUCUACUAGACUACUAGUGAUGUUGGGGAGAGAGCUAUGAGGAUGAAGAAGCUUUGUAAUAGCUAGUAGUUUUGGCUCUAUGUUGUAUGUGGAGCUAUUAUUAUUGUUAUUAUUAUUAUUAUUAUUAUUAUUAUUAUUAUUAUUAUUAUUAGUAUGUUUA